ACUAUCACAACUUCUUUCACUAUUCAAUCAAUAAUGUAAACCAACAACAAUAAUAUAACUUAGAAAAUAUAUCGACAGCUUUUAACAGUUUUUAUUUCCUAUACAUUUGUAACUUUAAUUAUUGUAAAAUGAAUAAAAUACAAGUUCAUACCAUCAAAACUCACAGAGACGAAGAUGAGAGAACGAAGUCAGUUACUAGCCAGAGCCCGAAGAGAUUAACUGAUGACACGCCAAAAAAUCAUAAGCAGCGGGUAUUUGCGUGGUUAGAACUGAUAGAAAUUACUAAUUUCAACGCCAAUGAAAAAGGCACAUAUAUGGAAUUAACGCAUUCCCGUGCCGAAUUUUUUAACUCACCUAAGGAGCCUGAACAUAUGUUCAAUCAACUUUUAACAGGAGAGGAAAAAUGCGUUUAUGCUAUAAUUAUUGAACAAGAUGACAUGGAAGCUGCAAACUAUUUCGCUGCAGAGCAAAUAUGUGUGUUAGUAAAACGUCACAUGGCAUCAAAUAAGAGACACUCCAUGGACGAAAACCGCUAUGAAUCUGAACGGGAAAGGCAAGCGGAAUUCGGUUACGACAUCGAAUCCAAGUACAAAAUCGACAUUAAAGAGAAUAACUAUAUAGCAAAGGGAUAUAUCGAUAUCCUUCAACUAUUCUCCGAUGAAAGUAUAUCACUUCAAAUGGUUGUAUUCCUAUACUCUCCCAACUGGGCAAGUGGUGGAGGGGCUGUAAAGACUAUAUGGAGUAUUUAUACCAAAUCGCCACUUAUGAAAAUCUUGCAUAUUACCAAUCUGGCAUUUCUUAGCUUAGAAUCUUUAUUUAAUUUGAAUGAGGAGUUGUUGGAUAUGGCGGAUGAAAUGUGUGUGGAUAUACUUUUUCAAGCCAAAUUCGAAAAUGAAAUUUUGUCAUUUGACGAAUUUAAGAUUUGCACUUUUAAAGUGUUUCGAAAGAAUAUAAUUAAAGCUCAGAGCGUUUAUUUCUGUUGGGAAAAUUUGCGCAAUCCUAAUCAACGAUGUUCACCAGACGUGAGAACCGGAUGCACGAAUAAACCGCAAAAUUUUCUAAGGAAUCUAUUUUGCACUGAAGGCAGAGAAUUCAAUUUCCAUUUGAUUAAUAUUUUCCACGAGUACGCCUUAACAUCGAAUUCGACUGUUCGAUUUGUACUCACCGAUGCGUUGACUGAAAAGCUCGAGCAAGUUAUUGGAAGCGAUGAACAAUGUUUAGUUGUAAAAGUUUAUAACGUCAAGCAACCCGAAAAUAUACUGCUUCAAGGAGCCCUAGAAGCACACAUUUUUCUUUAUCCUAAUGUGAAUGCUUGCCGGUUUGCCGUCGUAUUGGAUGACCCGGCCAUGAAUGUAAAGUACAACGUUGAUCAUAAAACAGCGUUUGCCACAUUAAAUAUUAGUUUUUAUUCUCCCAUAACGGAAAGUAGAAGCGGGCGAUCUAUUAUAACCAAAAAUAUUGAUAAUAUUGCACCCGCCGAUGAAGAUAAAUAUGUAUGUAAUUCACUGCUGAAGGAUAAUCGAAGUCUCUUUUAUAAACGGGAGGAGGCUUACAGAAAAUUUAAUCAAGAAAUUAAAUCCAUAGCAAUGAAUAUAUUAAAAAAUAAUAUAACUGAUUUUAACGACAGUAAAUCAUACGUGUGCUGUGAACUGAAAAUAUUGUCUUGGAAAAUUACAGAUCUUAUAGCUUAUGAUUUUAAUGUACGUGUUCCGACAGAAACUAGUAUCGAAUUUACGAAUUUAAUGACGCUUGUUUAUGAGGAGUUAACACAACGCGUUUAUAAUGUUUUGAAAUCGUUUGAUAAUAAAGCUAUGUUAAUCGACCAAGGCACAAUUAAGGAAGAUACAAAACUUCAAAGGAGAAUGAGUUAUAUAAAACUACUCAAUGAGUCAGGGGACAAAAAACUUGCCGAUUUUCUCUUGGAAAAGUUCUCACAAAUAUAUGCCAAUAAUUCUACUUGGCACUUUUGCAAUUUUCUUUACGACAUUGAAACCCUUAAGUUCGACUCAGCGCUCGAGUACGCAAAGAAUCCAGUGAGAGAGGUACCUCAGCGUGCGGCCUAUUAUACCGAAUUGGCCGGAAUUUACCUCAACUACAUGAAGUUGAAGAGAAAUGAAAAGAGUUUUAAUGAAGCUUUGUCUUAUAUGAUCGAAAUGCUCAAUGAAUUUUCGACAAAAUAUCCGCUCGAAUUGGAGACAUGGAUACUAUUGCAUUGUAUAUAUAAGCAAUGCGGUUAUUUUCCUGGUAUUGACUUUACUCGUCUGAAGUAUGAAAAUCUCAUCGGCCAACAUUAUUGGGACUUUCCAAACAUACCAUAUAGUCGUUUCUCGAUUUAUAACGACGUCUAUGUACAAUUUUACACAAAAAAGGGCCAAUUAUUAUUUAUAAUCGUAAAACAUUUGUUAUGGUUAGGCACUUAUUUAUUUGCCGACAUCGUUUUUGAUGCGAUCUCAUACGAAUGCACUCUUGUUGAGAAAUAUAUGUUUAAAAGCACGAUUAAAAUACUAACAGAUGAUUUGAAAGAGGACUAUACUAUGCAGAGUUUUGAUGACGAUAAAUCUAUGAAGGCUCUGGUUGCAUUCACAAAUGGCAAUAUCGAGUAUUAUCGUGGUGAAAUUAGCAAGGCAUUAAAGUAUUAUCACCGAAUUUUGGAUAGUAAGGAUAAUGAUAAUCAAUGCCUGAAACUUGGACUACUGCGUUACGCCAAUUUUCGUUAUAAUGAGCGUAAACUUUUGGAUGCCAUAAAAGCCUAUGAAAAAUACCUAUUUUUCGGUACAGGUGCCUUCGUGGCAUAUUAUGGACUGGGUAAAGCGAUGUACAAGUUAAAUCGUUUGCCAGAAGCGGAAGGACAUUUUGCUAACGCUACAAACUACCCACUACAUAUACCGGAUAUUUGGGCUUAUUUAGCUUUGAUCAAUUUAAGAUUAGGAAGGAUAGAAAAUGCUUUAAAACUAUGGAAAUAUGCACAUGUGAAUGAAAACAAUACUAUUUCCAAGGAAAUUCUAACGGAAUUGGAAGCAUUGGAUCAUAAAAUGUUGGACUUAUUUAUUUGAUAUUUUCUACAUUCUACACAUAAUACAUACUUAGUUACAAAUGCAUGCUUUUUAGCGCUCUUGCUCUUCAAAAUGUAUUUUGAAACGUUAUUAUGUGUUAUGUAAAAUCACAACACAUUCAAAUAAUCCCAUUAAAUGACGUUAAAAAA